AUGACGCUUGCAAUCUUCGGAGAGAGGCAAAGCGGUCAAGACGUUCGCUCAGCCAACGCAUUGCUAUGCCUUAUUCCGAUCUCUAUAACAGCUGCACUGCAACAGCACCCCUUCACCUACAGAUCUUCUCUCGGGCCCCAUGGUUUAGAUAAAAUGCUUGUAGACGACAUCGGAGAUGUCAUCGUAACCAAUGAUGGAGCUACCAUUCUGAAACAGCUCGAAGUGCAACACCCAGCAGCAAAAGUUCUCGUGGAGUUGUCAGACUUACAAGAUAAAGAAGUAGGAGAUGGGACAACGUCUGUUGUGCUCUUGGCCUCUGAAUUACUUCGUCUUUCUAUGCAAUUAAUCAAGGAUGACCUCCACCCCACAGCAGUUAUUUCAGGAUAUCGUCUCGCAAUGAAGGAAUGUGUGCGUUACCUGAAGAGUCACUUAAGCGUAGAUAUGUCGAAAUUAGUGGCUGCAGAUUUGGUGUUGUCUGUGGCGAAGACUUCGCUGGCUUCGAAGUUUAUUGGGGCUGAAGAAGAAUUCUUCUCGCGUCUGUGUGUUACCGCCAUCCAGUCUGUUAAGACGGUAACAGAGCGGGGGGAGGUGCGAUACCCAGUAGAGGCAAUUUCUAUUUUGAAGACACAUGGAAAGAGCACAAGAGACUCUGAACUUGUCGAUGGAUUUGCACUGAAAACUUCAAGGGCUGCUCAAGGGAUGCCGAUGGUGGUGAAAGACGCAAAAAUUGCUCUCUUAGACUUCGGGCUGAGGCAGCACCGCAUGCAGUUGGGGGUCUCCAUUCAAGUCAAUGAUCCGCAGGCACUUGAAAAGAUACGUCAGCAAGAGAAGGAUAUCGCGCGACAGAGGGUGAAGCAAGUGCUGCAGUCGGGGGCAAACGUCAUUAUAACAACGCAGGGCAUUGAUGAUAUGUGCCUCAAGUACUUCGUAGAGGCGGGGGCCUUGGCUGUGCGGCGCGUCUCAAAGAAAGACAUCCGCAGGAUUGCAAAAGCAACAGGAGGUAUAGCAGCAGCAGCAGCAGCAGCAGCAGCAACAGCAGCAGCAGCGGCAGAAACAGCAACGGCUGGCGUUAGUGAAGCACGGGGUACGGUGUGUUUGACGAUGGCGACGUUGGAGGGCGACGAAGUUUUUGAUGUUUCUGCUUUGGGCACUUGUGCGCAAGUGUCUGAAGAACGCGUGGGGGAUUGGGAUUACCUUUUCUUUACUGGCUGCAAAGCAGCAAAGGCAGCCACAAUCAUAUUAAGAGGGGCGAACGAAUAUAUGUUAGAUGAAGUGGAGCGCUCACUGCACGACGCGUUAUGUGCUGUCAGCCGAUGUAUGAGCUCUUCUUCUGUGUGCCCUGGUGGGGGUGCAGUCGAAGCCGCAUUAUCUGUAUAUCUUGAAGACUUUGCACGCACUCUAGGCAGCAGAGAACAGCUAGCUGUAGCUGCAUUUGCAGAGGCCCUUCUAACAAUACCACGAACGCUGGCCCUGAAUGCAGCUCUAGAUGCAUCGGAGCUUGUUGCGAGGCUUAGAGCAGUGCAUGCAAAGCAGCAGUGCGGCGGUGGUGAAGCUGCAGCAGCAGCAAAAUCAGCAUCACCAGCAGAAGUCAAAGAUCUACAGGGCCUCGAUCUCGUCAACGGCAAACUCUGCAGCUCUCUGGAGAAAGGAAUUGUGGAAGCAACCAUCUCUAAAACAAAAAGUCUGAAGUUUGCUACUGAAGCCGCAGUAACUAUACUUCGUAUUGAUGACUUCAUAAGGCUAGCGCCUGAGCCCGAGCGUAAAGAAAGAGAUUAA